UUGUUUUAAGUAGUCUGUCAUCCCCCAAAUCCCCUCUCCUCAAAACACAACCACAACAACAUUGACCGACCUCCUCCGCUCAACCUCCCACCUAGCCACCCAACGCGCCCUCUACAUGACAACCACACAACCGCAACCUCUCUCCCCCGAACCCCCCCACAACCCAAUCUACGCACCAAGCCCUCCCGACUGCAGCACCCCAACCACAAUCACCAGCCAAACGCUCUCCUCCCCCGACGACUGGGCCACCACGCCCCGAACCCCCCUCGGAUUAAACAAACGCAAGCUCGAAGUGGACCUGGCCCCGACGCACGCACAAUCGCACGCCUCCCCAUCCCCGCUCGGCGUUCCACCCGAACUAGAACUAGUAGCCUCCUCUGGCGGCGUAAAACGCCGACGAUCCACCGAGCCUGACUCUGACUCUGAGACGAGCCUGAGUCUGACGCCGCUGGAGAUGCCGGAUGGGAGUACGCGGUUUACGUCGAAUUGGUUGCCUGUUGAUCCUGAGGGGGGGUUUACAAUCGGGAUGGGGGAGAUGUUUGAUCCGUUGGCGGGGGUCGGGAGGGAGGCGUUUGUUUGCGUGGGUGAUUGAAAAGGAUGUGAUGGCGUGGGCGUGGCAUGAUGAUCGGAGAUUGAUAAUGCCAAGUGCCAUGCGGUAUUUAAUUUAUUUAGGGU